AUGCACGAACUGCGGCACCAGCCACUUCGCAGACUCUACCUACUCUACGAUGCGCUAAGCACACGGCUUAUUAGAACACCUAUAUGGCUCAUCCAUUCGUUGAUCUCGUUCUGGCGUCCUCGCCCAGCAUGGAGCUGGGAGCGCUCCUUUAAGUUCUUGAUGCUUCGGCGUGCAUGGAUCGUCCAGGAUAAGGUUGGGCCGCCCCCUGGAAAUCCUGCUCAGCAUACCUUCUUGAACCUCAAAGAAGAGCGCAAGUCAGGGCCCACAGUCAAAGCGGUCUGGGUUGACCCCGUGCCGGAUCAGAUCCACGGCAACAUUGCACAAUGGGCAGAAAACGCUAAGGUGCAGCCUGUGCGCAUUCCAGUAUAUUGGAUGGACCAGUCUGGUUUAGAUAUAUCCAUCGGCGAAGCGCUGCAGCCCAACGAGAAGAUCUUGUACCGCAUGCACGGUGGGUGCUAUGUUGCGCUCUCAGCGCACCCGGAUAGUCCUAUCGCACCCUUGUCCAAGGGAUUCUUAGAGAGCUACGAGCCCUUCAGACGUGCGUUCGCCAUCGAGUACAGGCUAUCAACCACAUCGCCCCAUCCUCCAACCAACCAUUUCCCAACAGCCCGGAGGAAAUCUCGCCCUCGCUCUCACCCGCUAUCUCGUCGAGCAGAAGCGCACCGAGGCGCAGGCAAUGUCCCCCCGCCUCCUUCAGCCCUCAUCCUCAUGUCUCCGUGGACAGACCUCGGCGACUCACACGACGGUCCCAAUACGUCGAUGGAGACGCGCAAGCACUGUGACUCGCUGGGCGCUAUUCCGGGACGUCUCGACUAUGCCAAAAAGGCAUUUCUAGGACCGUUCGGCAAGGACUUCGCCGAGCUGAACCCUUACAUCUCUCCCGGCUCUCUCGCGUCCUUUCCUUCGUUCGUUGGGUUCCCGAAGACGUUCAUCAACGCUGGUGGAGCAGAGAUAUUUCUGGAUCAGAUUAGGAAGCUGGGGGAUCGGAUGGUUGCGGACAUGGGCGAGGGAGAUAGUCCCGGGACAGUAAGGUAUUACGAGGCGCCAGAGGGUAUCCACGUGUAUCCAGGCUACGAGUGGUUCGAGCCUGAAAGGAGCGAGACAUUAAGGAGGAUCGCGAGUUGGCUUGGGUAA